AUGAGCAACGUCUUCAGCUCGUCGAAACAGUCAAACAUACCGUGGACCCUGGAGAGUGCGCUUGCUGCAAGCGUCAGUGAUGGCUCAUUCGCAGACGUAGAGCUCUCCUUGUUUAGUCGCCGCCUCGCAGCUGGCAAGGUUGGACAUCCCCGUCCGGUGUACGCCAACAGCGCUGUUUUGAAACGCGCGUCGUCGUACUUCCAUGGUCUUUUAGAGGGCGGAUUUGUUGAGGGGGACGUCUACGCCGGAUCGCCAUCGUUCCCCACUUCGACGGAUGAGUAUGACUACGAAUCAGACAGCGACCUGGAGGAUGACGGGAUCGACGAAACCGACGUCGAAAACGAGCGCGAAGUGGCACGGGGCUCUGAAGACGCGCCGCCAUCCCCGCAAGCAGGGGAUGAAACGCGCAAAGGGAAAGAGAUCGCUCGUCCUCAUUCUACUCCCGCACGUGAGACCUCGAGACCUGGCCUCCGGCGGGUCAUGAUCAAGAACUCUGCAUUCAAUACAAACGAUGCAAUCCUACACGCCGGGAUCACUUUCUUCGAAGACCAUUGUAUGGAUACCAGCGCCUUACCCCCGCUCCAGCGUAAAUUGGAACUCAUUUCUGCGGGAGACUUCACGCAUGGCGUCCCCGUUGUGCUGUCUCUGUUCAAUGCCUGCAUUUCCAUUAACAAGAAGAAAAAGACAUCCCCAUCUGCGAGUAAGCCGCCCAAGGCUCCUGAACAUCCGGACACCGGAUCUCCUGCAGAAUCAGAGAAGCUGCCCAAAGGGCCGACAUCAGGCGGGGUUGGCGGUGGACUUUUUGCUACAAGCAGUGGGACUUCGAGUCAAGGCGGUUCAGUGUUUGGUCAAAGCAAUGGAGCUUUUGGUCAAAAGGCUAAGUCUAGGAGCUGA